AUGGCGUGUUUUAUCAGUCUACCACUUCAUGUAAGAGCUAUAAACAGUCAAUCGAGUAUUGCAGAUAACCCUAUAUGCUUGUCAAGGUUUUUCACGAUGUUCACUUGUUUUGCUGUGAACAUCAUGACACUGGCUGUCAUAAGUAUAGACCGCUAUGACGCCAUCUGCCGCGCGCCUUUGCGUGAAAUAACUUGCAAGAAGACCGCAUAUUUCCUUGUCUUCAUUUGGUUGUUUGCAAGUUGUACCGCUGUAGCUGGGGGAACAGGACAUAUCCUUACUGCCGUACGGGGUGAACACGCCUGCUACAGCCCCGGACGAGACGUCUCCUCUCAUGCAAUCAUUGGCAAGACAGUGAUGAUUGCCGUCGUUUCUCUGUGGAUCUUGCCUUCUCUUGCAAUUGUGUUUUACAGAUUCUACGCCAUUCGAAAAUACGUUCAGGAUCACUCAACCCAUUUGCGAGACACUCUGGGUGUUUCAGUGGUAAAAAGAGAAGUCAAACUCACCAAGAUUUGCGUCGUAAUGAUCACAACAUAUCUUAGUUUAUGGGUAAUGUUUGCACUCAUGGUGUUAUUAAGAAACAGGUUCUCCUCUUUGGAAGUUCAUUGUGCGUAUCUAUGGUCGUAUUCCUUGGCUUACUCCAGUUUCACCGUCGUACCAGUCGAGUACAUGAUUCUUGACAAAAGAAUUCUGGCUUAUGUUUGGCGAGAAUGUGCGCGGAGAAGAACAGUAAAGGUUUCAGUGGAACUGGCCGCGACUAACCAUGAAGGAGGCGAAACAAGCACUUGA